AUGCCCUCCACAAGCCGCCAGGAUCUGUUGUCGGCCGCUGAAGCCUUCUGCAACACGUUUGCAGAACAGAAACCUCCCGAGGAAAUAUUCAGCCAUUUCUCCUCGGCAAAAGACGUUCUCGCUGUUGAACAUGGCUUGCCACAGCUCGCCCCGUUCUUAGGCCGCGAGUUCCGGGGACAAGAUGGCAUUCGAGAGUAUUUUCAAUUGUUGUCGUCGAACUUGAAGUACGAGAAUAUGCAUUUCGGCAACUUCGUCGUUGACGCCGAGGUCUCCAAAGGGUGGGAUGAAGUCUUUACGUAUGUCUUGGAAUUCGAUCCGGACAACAAGGUCAAGGUGUACGAAAUUUGGGCGGAUUCGGGCGCUGCAUAUCUGGCUAGCAAAGGCCAGCUCGAGCAAUGA